AGCUUGCUUCUCAGCUUCAUCAGCUUCAAAAAAAAAAAAUUUGACCGUACACAAAAAAAAUCACAACAUCAUUAUCAUGACUGCCAACAAUGCACUUCUAUGUGUUGCUGCAGUAUUAGCAUUAGCAUUAUUAACCUCUACAUGGGACUUGAAGUUGAGGCCUAAAGUCCAGCAGGCAGCAGGAGCAGCUCAUCCACUUUUUCCGCCGGUGAAACAAGAGAAGCAGUCCCUCCGUGAAACGUUGUCCUGGAGGCCGCCCCAUCCCCCGGCGGUAGAGGAUCCCCACUUCCCCCCGCAGUUUGAGCUAAAGUCUCCAGAGGCGCCCAAUAGUGUUCGGGUCAUCUGCAUGGAAAACUCAAUCAGAGUGGAGGCCAAACGAGAUCUACUGGGUAUUGGUCAGCUUAUCAAGCCUGCGGACAUCACCCUGGGAGUGUGUCCAUCUACCGGAGAAGACACACAGGACCAAGUCCUGAUCUUCGAGUCGGAGCUGCAUGAGUGUGGCAGCCAACUUUUGAUAUAUGAGGAUACCUUCGACUAUGUCUUCAAGCUGCAGUACACGCCAUCACCUCUGGGAAACACGCCCAUUAUCCGGACCAGAAACAUUACUGUCAGCAUUCAAUGUCAAUACCAGAGGAAACACAACGUGACCAGCAGCUUCCUGAAUCCUACCUGGACUCCGUUUAGUGACGCCAAAGUUUCUGAAGAAAGCCUGUACUUCUCGUUCAAACUGAUGACUGACGACUGGCAGUUUGCUAGGCCAUCUUCUGAAUUCCUUCUGGGAGACAUGAUGAAGUUUGAAGUUUCUAUCAAGCAGUUUCACCAUACGCCUCUCAGGGUGAUGGUGGAUGACUGCGUAGCGACCGUGGUUAGGAACACUGACACAGUCCCUCGUUACUCCUUCAUGGGCAACAACGGGUGCCUGUUUGACAGUCAGGUGACUGGCUCAAGCUCCCGCUUCUUGCCUCGUUCCCAGGAAGACCACUUGCGGUUUGAGGUGGAAGCUUUUAAGUUCCAGCAGGAUUACAGAGGCGUGAUCUAUAUCACCUGCAACUUGAAAGCCACGGCUGUGACGGCAGUCGUGGAUUCUGGCAACAAGGCCUGUUCCUUUGCCAAUGGGUGGACUGAGGCAAGUGGUGUCCAUGAGGCGUGUUCCUGCUGUGAUAGAGAUUGUGGAACAGGAAGUUGGCCGCGAGUGACCGGAAACAGGGGUCACCUGACUUCAACUGGUGCAGAAUGGAAAGAGGAAGUUGCAGUCGGUCCAGUCACGGUGAAAGAAAGACCACUCAGUGACACGUCAUGAGCUACAUUAAAUCGCACGCAUCCGAUUACGAUGCCUGAUUGUGCAUUCCUCAACAAAAUCUCAGAUUUUAAUUUUGGACAACAGCAACCCCUGCUGUUGUAAAGAAGCCUCGCAAUUUAAUAGCGCUACUGAAAAAGAGCAAAAAUGUCUUGAACGACCUUUUGAUGAAUGCCAAUGGCAGGUCAUGUACACGUUUAAAUGCUUGGUAACAUUUUUCAAGUGCGCGAAUCAAAAGUUUGAGCGCUGAAAAAAAAUGAUGAAAGACUAAAAAAUUAGCGAUCUUAAAAAAAUGGAAACAAAUCUGUGUAUAAGGAGGGUACUAGCUACAAUAAAUUCAUGAAUUACUAAUAAAACAUGCAUAGGACAAAAUAUAUGGAUGAUAGUUUAAAUUGUUACCAUUCAUAAAUACAACCGAUUGUUUAGAUAUAAAAUACAGUACAGUACGGUACUUUUCAAGUGCUAAAGUGACUAUUUU